AGCAGCAGCUGUCCAGUGUUCUCCAGCUGCACCAGCCAGCAGAGCUGCACCAGCGCUCCCUCAGACCAAAGGAGUAAGGACACCAACAUGGAGAUGAAGAGUAUCCUGAAAACCUCUAAAAGAGUGGGCAUACUGAAGGUGGGUGAGAGCCGCAGCACCCAGAGCAGCUCCAUCGGGGCUGUACGCUGGACCCUGCCCGAGGAGGACGUCCAGACUCACAGCUCGGCCCCCAGCCGACCCGCCAGCAACCUUCCCAAAAACUCCCAGCAACAUCCUCGUAAGAACAGCCUGAAGGAUCUACGCAGCCUGCAGGAGUGUGUGCAGUUCAUCCAUCACUGGAAGAAACAAGUGGACCAAGUCUGCAAGAGCAGUGGGAAUCCAGAGGAGAUCAACAGUAAUGAAGAGGUCCAGAGUACAGACGGGUGUACUGAGCGCAGUCUCGAGGAGAGCAGGAAACUGAUCCUGGAGUGGGCUGACGAACUCCACCAUGUCGACAAGCGCCUGAAGGAGACGCCCUGGGCAUCAGAGAGUGAACAAACUGAAGAAGAGGAUGCCGAUGAGGAGGCCCAACAGAGGAUCAUGGUGUGGGCUCAGGAGCUGCAGAAGGCGACUGAGAGUUGUGGUGUGCAAAGCGACGAGCUGGGCAAAGUGUUGCGUCUGCUGGGCCUGAAGAAGAAACGGCUGGUCAACCUGCUGCCUCUGCUGGAGUUCAUCACCUGGUCUCUGCUCAAAGAAGACAACAUGAAAAUGAUUCCACAGUUAUGGUUACUGGCAAAGCAAAGGACCUGGAAAGCAGGAAUUCCAAGAUACAUCCCCAACUCAGUCUGGAGUUGGAUUUGUAGCGCAUCAACUGAUGUGCUUCUCGACCCUACGACCAAUCACCCCUGGCUGCUGCUGUCCGAGAACCAGCGUAUGGUGCAGGAGGGCAUCUCAGCGUCCGACCUGCCGUACAGCUCCCAGCGCUUCGACAGCUGGCCCUGUGUGCUGGGCUGUAAGGGCUACAGCAGCGGCCGCCACUACUGGGAGGUGGACAUAGCCAACAAAGGCUACUGGCGCGUGGGACUGACCACCGCCGACUCUAAGCGCCACGGUCGGUUCCCCAUGACCCCAAAAUUGGGCUACUGGGCCCUGUGGCGCAGCACGAGCCAGUUCUAUGCCUGCACCAAGCCGGAGACUUCACUACCCAUCAGCCUCAUUCCUCGACGUAUGGGUAUUUACUUAGACUACGAAGAGGGCCAGCUCUCCUUCUACAACACCAAAACAAAGUCCCACAUCUACACCUUCACUGAGAACUUCAGCGGGACGUUGUACCCUCUCUUUGCCCCACUAGACGGGCGCACACACAUCACCAUACAGAAUACAAACACUGAGGGUGGUGAGCCUUAAAAACUCAUUUUGGACGCUUGGAAGACUGCAUUUUGACUUGAGCAAAAAUUGCUUUGACAAAAAAAUAAUAAAACAAAAACCGGACAAAGAUGAAGAAGAAGAUUUCUAUGGAAAGUGGUGUCAUCAGUUAGAUUUAAAUUCGUUGGAAAGCACAAGCUCUGACUUUAUCAAAGUGCUGAUGAUACUGUUAAUAACGAUCAUAUCACAGAUCACACCACUCUAAAAAAAGAAGUGGAGAUUUUUUAUCAGACCGUGAGAAACAAAAAUAUUGAAAACUAAAUAUAAGUAUUUAUUUUAAAAAAAAGAAAUUUUUUGAAAAUGUUCUACAACAUUCAUAUUUAUGUGUAAACUUGAAAGUCUGAACACAUUCUGCAUAUCUACAUACAUGCAUGCACUUUUAUUAUGCACUUUCCGAUUUGCACACAAUCAACAUUUCAAAUAACUAUAUUGUCUUACAUGCUUAUCUUGGACUUUUUUCAUCACAUUACACUGUUUCCUAAAGAUAUUUCAGAUUCAACCCACAUAUCAACUACAUGUACGUGUAAAUGUAAAGCUCUUCAAUUAAUGUUCUUUGGACAAAGGUCUCCUGCAAAGCUGUUUUAUCCUUCAAGAAAAUAAGUAACUUUGCAUGACUAAGUGUAGCUGACGUGGGCCAAAUUUUGUAACAAUAUCAAAUCUUUGGUAUAAACAUACUGUAUAUGAAAUGUAUAUAGAUGUGUGUCAGGAGUCUCUUUUACAAGCCCAGGGUCCAUAAGCCUCAAAGAGACGUCCACCCCCUCUCAGGUCUGCACAGUCCCUGUGAUCAGCCUCCUACUCCACCGUCACCCUGCAAAACACACAUGUGUAUGAAAUACUCAUACGUUGUAUAUAUGUAUAUACUUGUACUAUAUUGUUAAUAAAAGCAAAUUGAACU